AUGACUCAGGUACGCCGUUUCCAGCCAGUUUCAGCCCGUCUUGUGUGCCUGUAUCUUAUACUGACAUCUGCAGCGGCUGUUCAAGGCUGGCUUGACCAGCGUGGUCAUAAAGUCGGUGUUGUCAAGCACAUGAUGAAGUCCUCACCUGUGUACACGCUGAUGCGUGGGGCUAUUCUCGUGUGUGGCUGGGCAGUUGUGGUCUAUCUAUUCCGACGCGUCCUAGAAGCAGCCAAGAACUCGGAGCUGAAUUUGUACGAUCCGUUUGCAAUUCUUGGCAUCGCAGCUUCAGCAACGGAGCGCGAAAUUCGCCGUCGCUACCGCCGUUUGAGUCUAGAGUUUCAUCCUGACAAGGUCGGCAGUGUGUCAAACAAAACGAAGGAACAGAUCGAAUCGCACUACAUUGAGAUUACCAAAGCAUACAAAGCGCUUACAGAUGAGGUCACGCGUAAAAACUACGAGGAGUAUGGCCAUCCUGAUGGCCGACAAGAGAUGUCAAUGGGCAUUGCCCUGCCGACAUGGAUCGUCGACAGCAAGCACAAUGUGCCGGUUCUUCUCAUGUACGGACUGGUCUUUGGUGUAGGACUUCCCCUGCUCGUUGCUCGAUGGUGGUAUGGCACGCGUUCACGUACAAAGGAUGGUGUACUGAAUGCCACUGCGCUGUCGUUCUUCUUAAAGCUCAAGCCGGACGUCUCGGCGAAUGGCAUUCUUCUCAUGAUGGCUCAGUCAGAGGAACUUUCUCGCGAUCUGGUCGGCCGCUUGUCUGCGUCCGACAUGCCUGCUUAUGAACAACUCGAGAAAAAGACCAUCGAUGCGUAUCGUGAGCUACGUGGCUCAGACCUCGUGCCUGAGCACGUGCCUGUGAAUGUCCGACGUGCCUUGGUACUCUUUACUGCGUAUAUGUACCGCAUUGAAUCUGGCAAUCUGCAUAUUGAAACGAUCAAAUACGACAUUGGCUACUAUGCAGAGAAACUGCUCAGGAGCUUGAUGGCCAUGAGCACUGCGCACAGUCGUCUGAAUCAAACGAAUGUGAUUCGCGAUAUGCUUGCGCAUGUGGUUCAAGCUGUGCCUCUAGAUGGUGGACGUGUGUCGGAACUGCUUCAGCUCCCGCAUAUGACGCUGCACCUAGCAAAGAAGCUUUGCUCAAUAGAGCCUGUUGCCAAGUUGGGCUUGCAGGGUCUGUGGAAAGUGCCCGAAGCGGAACGUCACGCCUUGCUUGUGGGGGACAAAGACGGCAUGAGCGAGGAGCAGUACCGUACCUGCAUCCGUGCAGUGGGUGAAUGGCCGCGCAUUGAGCUGGUCGAUGCAUACUAUACAGUCAUUGGAGAGGAGCGCGUGAGUGCAGGGUCACUUAUGCACCUCGUGUUGAAGCUGCGUCUUUUGUCGAUGAAGCGUGAUGGAUCGAUUUUGCGGAAUGGGCGUCGGUUGGAUGCACGCGACAAACAUGAUGAUAACGUACGCUCCGGUUUGACGGAAACAGAGACUAUUAGUGAAGCUAAUGCAGGUCGUGAGCCGAUGGGCUAUGUGCAUGCACCGUACUUCAAGGAAGAACGUUCACCAGGUUGGUUCAUGCAGAUGGGCGAUCCCAAGUCGGACCACUUGAUCAUGUCACCGACACGGUUCGGUGAACUGGGUGUUUCGCAGCUACGUGUUGUCACAGCGCCCAUUGUGGCUCCACCGGAGCCGGGUAUCUACACAUUCCAAGUUGAAAUCAACUCCGACUCGUAUCUUGGAUCAAAAGCCGUAAAGGUUAUGAAAUUGAACGUGUCGGAGGCUGUAGCGCCCAAUGAGGACGAAGAAGAUGAAAUUUCUGACCCAGAAGAGGAUACCAUUGCUGGUCAGAUGGCGCUUAUGCGGGGUGAGCGUGUGAAGCGAUCGAAUGUUGUGUACCAAGAGGACGAUGACGAUGACGAUGAUGAUGAGGAGGAGGAGGACGACAACGACGACGAUGAUGAUGACAGCGAUGAAGAUGAAGAUGAUGACAAUGAUGACGAUGACAGUGAUCGCGAUGGGAAGAAGAAGGGACGGGCAACUCUGAGCAAGGAUAGUGACUCCGAUUCAGAUUAG